AGAGGCCUCUGCACUGUGCAGCACGGGAAGCGUUCUAGAUCGCCUUGGAGGCGCAACAUGCGCCCAGCCCUCUUAUGUGCGACUCUAGCAGUCCGUCUUCCAGUCCAACCAUAUCGCCGACACAGCCCUCCUCCCUCGCAAUCUUCGAUUCCUUCUGCACACAACCGCAUUCCUCGCCAGUUCCAGCUGCCUUUGCACCUCACCUCCGUUUAGUCAGCGUAUUCCGGAUACGGCCUGUUCAAUCUUUGUGACCAACUCCGUCAGCCAAGUCUCGGACUUUGCUCUUCACGCCGUCUGUACUGCCUUCCUACAUUCAGCGUGGCCUGCAAUCCUCCACCCCGGUGUGGGUACGUACACCCAACACCUGGACGACGCUUGAUCACCACAUCGGCCCAUCUUCAUCUGGAACCGUGCCCCACCUACUGUCCGAAUGGAAAAGUAACAACAUGGGAGAACUCUCAACAAGCCCUGUUCCACCUGAUAUAAUGGAGCGCCGCUCCGUUGUCUUCUCGCAGCCCAGCCCAGGCAUGGUCGUGCAAGAGGGCGAGAGUGGUUUCAAGGAAGAGCUCUCUCGACUAUACGAUCCAGCCGAGAGCAACGCCGCAGAACAGCUCGUCGAUCUGAAGAACGCCCUAAGAAUCGCCGAUACUGACAGCUUCUGGUCCCUUCUCACCAAAGGUCUUGCACGCAUUGCUGACGCCCAGUAUGCUUUUGUCUCGAAGAGGAUCUUGGUCGACGAAAAGAACGUUGCGGUGGAAAUGCCACCCAUUGGAGAACCUGGGUCAUGUUUGAUGGGCGAAGCCUUCUAUAUCAACGAUGAUAAAGGCAACGGUCCUAGUCACCUCCGCAACUUCAAGUACCAUGCAUACCAGUGUCCCUGCGCCUACAUGAAGCACGAUAAGAUAUUUGUCAUACCGGAACGACUGAACGAAUUCAUUGUCAACAAUCCGAACGAUCUGAUAAUACCAGGGGAAGCGUACCUUGGAAUUCCACUUUUUGCUGAAGGAAAAUGCUUCGCUCACUUUGGAGUAAUGUGGGGAAAAGAGGGGGCUGCUAGACGGACAUUAAGUUGGGGUUUUCUCGAGACGCUAUUCCACGCUUUGGAAGAUAUGAUUCUUGAGCGCGUGCUCGAGGGGGACAACUUCGCCGAGUCUGCACACGUCGUACGGAAAGAACAGCCCAAAGUCGUUCCACACAUGGCCAUAUCUGUUGCCCAGUCGUUCAAGCCCUACGCCAGAAGUCUAUCGCACGAGCUGAGGACACCAAUGCAAGGUGUUGUUGGUAUGCUCGAUGUCAUGAUGGCGAACGUCAAGGAAGCCUCCGAAACCAUGGAUAUCGAUGUACGAACCCGCAAGAUGCUCGACACACUCAAGGAGAACAUCGAGGCUGUGCAGGAUAGCUCAAGACGUGCUGUCGAGGCCGCUGACAAUGUAGUUUACGCAUAUGAUAUGAAUAUGGGUGUUCCUGAGGCGCCCGUCUCCCCACUGGAUAAAUCUCCUAAUCAAUGGAACACUUUCUGGCGGGAAGCUCGACCAGAGUUCGCUCGACCAGAAUACUUCGGCGCAGCCAACGACAUAAACCGACAGCAGCGAGGCGUGAAGAGACGGAGGGAAGAUAAUCAGUGGGAAGAGAAUCAAACCCGCGUAGUCCGUCCGAUCAGACGCCGAACCCGUGACACUUUUUCCGAAGAGCCACCUGUUCGGGGAUCGAUUUCUUGUCCGCCGCAGUCCAGCUUGAGACAGAUUGCGAAGAUGGAGAGGUGCCAGGGUCGCUGCAGUAGCUCAACAAGCUUCCCCAGGUUCGUCACUGGGCACCAGAAGACACCAAGUCUUCGUCACACCAAUAUCAGGGAGGUUCUGCACUACGUUAUCACAGAUGCGCUCAAGGUUGGUGGACGGCCGGACUCUGCGAUCGCCGAGGCAACAGACAACGGCGAACGAAUUGAGGUGCGAACAAGAAAUUCCAACGGAGAAGCAUCUACCAAAUGGGUUGAAUGGAGUGUGUCUCCAGACGUACCAGGUUCAAUCCUUAUCGAUGAGAAGGACCUCGCCAAGGUUGUGUCUUGUGUGACACUGAACGCGAUUAAGUUCACACAAAAUGGUUCGAUCACGCUAGAGGCGACACUCAGUGCAAAGGGGCGCUACGUUGUCAUCAACGUCAAGGACACUGGAUCUGGAAUCCCGGCUGCUUUCCUGCCCAACCUUUUUAAGCCAUUUUCUCGGGAAGACGAUUCGACAACACGACAAAGUGAAGGCCUCGGUCUGGGUCUAAUGGUUGCGAAGGGUCUCGCCAGGAAGCUUGGUGGUGAUCUCUUUUGCCUGCGCUCGCACGUCUCCGGUUCCAAGAAGGGAUCAGAGUUCGAAUUGCGCGUACCAGUCACCGCAGGCGAGGUCUGCAGCCGUCCGUCAUCACCAUUCGGAUCUCCUACUCCUUCCGUUCAAGCUCGCAUGUCUGUCGAUCCCGAAAUCCCUCAUGUUGAUAUUAACAGGGAGCCAAUCACACCCCCACUUUCUUCAGGGCCAUUCGUCGGCGAGCCAUGUCAAACGCCCAUCAAUGACAUGGACACACCGACCGUCGUCGUUCACACCGCACCAUCGUCGAACGUUCUUGGCCUACUUUCCCCGCGCAGGACCUCGUCUCCCCUUCGCUAUCCGUCGAAGGGGCUUGCCAAGAAGGCUCCUGUACCUAAGCUCGCCGAAGAGCUACCACUGAACAUCCUUGCCGUCGACGAUAACGCCAUUAACAGGCGUGUGUUGCAGAACAUGCUCAAUAGACUGGGCUACCAGAACGUUGAAACAGCUUGCAACGGCAUCGACGCCAUCGAGGUCAUGCACCGCAACUCAUUUGCUCCUGCUUCCGAGGCAAUUGACCUUGUCCUCAUGGAUCUCUGGAUGCCACACCUGGAUGGCUUCCAAGCAGCCACAAGCAUCCUCCGCAUGCCAGAAUUGAUCAACAACGGCCGCAUGCCCACCAUUCUGGCUGUGACCGCCGACGUCACAGACGCCGCGCUGGAUAAAGCCGCCAGUAGCGGCAUGAAGGGCUACGUGACCAAGCCCUUCGUGACCAGGGAUCUCGUCAGGUUGAUCCGGACGUACUGCGCGACGCGAGAGUCGUAAGGUCCCUGGCAUAUUCGCUUCAAUCCAGACAUAAAUGUGUCUUGGUUUUAUUCCACUUAUAUAAUCUGCAUUCGAUGUACAGAGUUCGUAGGGUCGCGGACCCCGACUGAGGGACAGAAGUCCUAUGGCUUAUGGAAUGGGUAUGGGCGUGAUUAUCAUGAUAGCGUUUUGCAAGACCGGCGAUUUUUUUUCCCGGCACGGUUUGAUUCCCCUGGCCUAAUGGCCUUGUCGCAGCGAUGUGACGACUGUGCACUGCGAGGCAGUGCAGCGUAUCUAGUAAUGCAAACAUUACAUCAUCACUCA